AUGGCAGCCAACGAAAACGUCACCAAUGAGCAAUACCAGCAUCUUGUGGAUGAAAUUCACAACCUGCAGCAAGCGAUUGACCGCCGGUUCCCAGCGGAAGUCGGUUCACGUGGGGUAAUCCGAGAUAUCUAUGAACUCUUUAAUCAAGAACUACUCAUUUUGGCUAGGCAGGAAGCAGGCGAAACCAACACCCCUGAAUCGAAUGCAUUGAUAUCAGACACCCAAAGUUCACGGGCAAACCUUGUCCCCUUCCUACGGGCCAAUGCUACCUAUGUCGAUCCCACCCUUUCAACCGACUUUGAUUUUCCUGAAGCUGGAUCUGGUGAAUGGUACGGCAUUUGGGCUUAUUCAAGUAUCUUGAGUGAAACUUAUCAGACAGUCUUUUUCCCAUCUGAAGCUAGUGACCCCGACCCCAAGAAAGCAGAAGAAUACACACCAGAAUGCCACUUUUGCGCCAAGAAGUAUGUAGAAGGUGAGAAGGAUGUUAGCUUCCGUUGUCAUCCCGCCCAUCGAAUGUGUACGGAGUGUCUAGUCACUAUGGUAAAGAACAGUAUUUUGGGGCUGGAAUAUGAUCAGCACUGCUGGCAGUUGUUCUCAAAACUUCCCAUUGCAGGCCAUACCCUGCUCCCAAGUGUCUUGGAUUGA